GCUAUUUGACAAAGCUAACAAACUGAAAUUUAUCGUAUAGAUAUGUCACAUUCGAAGAAUGUUCACAAAUUUACUGAUAAAAGUGUUUUAGAUACACAGACAACCGAUGAAAAUGCCGAAAAAGGUGCGAUUAGUUGUGACGGGGACGAGUGCUGCACUUAUGCUGUAACUGUGUCAAAAAAAUCUUCCGGAUCAGGCGAUGAAGCAUCAAGCCUGUGUGCUGGCCAAAAAUCAUUUAUCAGCAUUCACUCUACAGACCAACUCUGCCAACUUACGCAUAUAGAAAAUGCAACAGACGUAAACGAAUGCAACGUCGAAGUACUGAGCCUCAACGAAGUUUUUCCCACGACAUCAGAAGAAAGUCUUUCUAAUGAGGAUGAACCUACCGUUCGAAAGAGGAGGCAUGGUAAAAAAGGUCCAAAGCUCCAGCAGGAGAUGGCCAAGUCUACUUACGUUCCAACAAACAGCAAGUCAUCUACAACACCGGGAAGAGAAAAGGACAUUUUGGAUGCUCAAGCACCCGUACACUCUGAUUUUGAUAUACCGAAAAACACGAUGUACGUAAUAGGCAGUAAUCCAGGGGAACCAAAGAUGUCUUACCAAGAUCCACCUAAGAAAAUGACAAAAACGAUGAAGAAAUUUCUCCGCAACAUAGAUAAGCACAAAAACUACCAGAAUAAAAACAGUGAAAAGGCGAUCAGCAAAUUGACCACAAUGCGUGGAAUACUAAAAGACGGUAGAUGCGGACCUGAAUGUACGGGUGAUUCAUCCGUCCACGACACUGAGGAUUUUAAUGCAGCGGAAGAACUAACGUCCUUACCACAUUACGCAAUGGAGUUUGGCGCACAUGUGAAUUAUGCAAAACAGAGUCCAGACAAAAACGUAUCAUUUAACACCCAAGUGCUAAUAAUUCAUUUCACCGGAGACCUUUGCGUGGGACAGAGCAUCGAAACUCUAAGCAAGGAGAAGGACCAACAAGCGAGAAAUUCAGAGCUAAGAAAAACUUUUCUAACCAAGUACAACGAGCUCUGGCCCACCGAAAAGUAAUUUUAAGUCUAGAAUAUAACCCUUAAUGUAGCGAUAAAGGUGAACGAGUACAGAUUUUGACAGAACUGUAUAUUACUAAGUUAUUGGGAAAAAUUGUUACAUAAUUUAUAUUUAUUCUUUACAUUUGUACGUUAAAAUUGUAUUAACUAUGCAUUGUUUUGUUUAUUAUAUUUUAUAUGGAGCUUUCUAAUAUAUCAAGUGUGUCGCCAUCUAGUUCGUGACGUCAGAAGUAUUUUUGUAAAAAGACGCUGUUCCCUUUAUUCUCUACUGGAACUAUUUAUAUAGGUUGUAGUAUGAGUGUAUCUUACCUGCCUACCACUAUUCAGAAUCCUUUGUUAAAUUGUUCCCAUCACUUAGUAAUAAAACAACCUUGCACUAAUAUAGUGCAAGGUUGUUUACUGCACUAAGAAUAAUAUAACGGGAACUUGAAUAUCUUUUACCAGCAAAUUUUAGAAAUUGUCAGCCGGGAGCUAGAUGCGACCAAAUUGUGGGGUCGUCCCCCCCACGCUAUAUAACUGAUUCCAAGUCCCCCAUAUAACGCAUCAACAUGACUGAUUGGUGGCACGACUGAUGUGUGUGAAUGAACCCUAAAUCAGAGUUUUUUACAACUCUGUACCAACAGCGAAAAAUAAAUAUGCCUAUACUUUUCUGACCUUGCAUGUUGUCUUGAUUUUUUUUUUUAAUGUUUCGUUAUCAUUGAAAUUGUUAUCAUAUAGGUCUUGACAAUUUAAGUUGCUAGAUCCAAGAUAAGUUUAUUGUAGUAAAUAGCACUCUUAUAAUCUAUCUUUCUACUCGUUUUUGCCAGGACUGGAGGUUGGUGAUCCACACUUAUUUGAAGCCGUAUUUUUUUUUCUAGUUCCACUGUUUAUUUCGACUUUAUAAGUAAACAGAUAGAAAUAUAUUUGCAUAAUAUUAAGCCCAACGUCUUUAGGCUGGCCACACACGCCGGAAUGUCUCUCUGAAUUCUUAUUAUUUAUUGAGAAAGACCCGAAUUUUAUACAAUGUCAGUAUGCUCCACACACAUUAAGUUUAUUAUAAUAUAUAAUAAUAAUAAUAAUAAUUUUAUUUCGAGCAUCUUAUAGGCUCAAUUUGUUAGUAUUACAACUUACUUUCUAUGUAUUACUACAAACUAAAU